AUGUCUAAUACAGAAGAUUUUAGUGAUUCUGGUUCUGAAUAUCAGCCUAUUCCUGGAGAAAUUCAUACAGAAUCUGAAAAAAAAACAACCUGUGGUUACGACUUCAACUGGCUGAAUAUUAGAUGGCUGAGGUUUGAGAGGAAUCAUCCUUUACAAUUUCAAUUUAAAGAAACGCUCAACGCUGACAUGCCCUUCUACAAAGUAGAUCUAUCAAAAAAGCAACAAGGACGACCAGCUUACUUGUACAAUAUUCAACAAGGCCCACUCUAUCCUUCAAGAAGACCAGUCACUAUUGCUAAGAAGAAGGAUAUGCUUGAUCUUCUCCCAUACAUUCCACCAAUUUACCAUCAAUUUUACAAAAACCUUACUGUAGACAUUCCAACACGGUCAAGCAGACGUAAUGCUGAUGAACGUUCGUCUGAUGACGAAAUAACCUACGAUUAA